UUCACUCAUUUUUCUCCAUCUGCUUCACAUUCCAAGAUUUUGUUGAGCCCAGUAACACCACCACCACACCUAAAAGCUAAAACCCUAGCGUUUUCUCCUCCUCUUCUUCUUCAUCUAUAUAAACCUCCAUUACCCCUCUGGUUUUUUUCAGGGUUUAAAUAGCUUUAGUAGCUGGAAAAAAAACAAUGGAGCUUUGUGUACCUCAAACCUUCUCGAAUCUUCCAAAUUAUAGGAUUAGUAAUCGAGCUCAACUCCAAUGGAGACCCUCUUUACUACUCAAAAAACCCUCAAAAUCUCGAUUCAAUUCAGGAUCAUUUUACCGUAAAGGCUCAGCUGUUAGAACAAAAGCAGAGACAGAGGCUUAUGAGUUAUAUGUACCUCCUACAGUUGAGGAGAAAGACGAUGAAUCUGUUAGAUCAAAAGCAGAGACAGAGGCUUAUGAGUUAUAUGUACCUCCUCCUACGGUUGAAGAGAAAGAUGAUGGAGCUGUUAGAUCAAAAUCAGAGGAAGAGGCUUAUGAGUUAUAUGUACCAGCUACAGUUGAAGAGAAAGACGACGGAGCUGUUAGAUCAAAAUCAGAGGAAGAGGCUUACGAGUUAUAUGUACCUACUACAGUUGAAGAGAAAGACGACGGAGCGGUUAAGAAUGGAGCACCAGUAGAAGAUUCUAUGACUGACAAAGACACGGAUGCUUAUGCAUCUUUGAUAUCCGAGCCUCCUAAAGUCGAAGAGAAAGAUGAUGGAGCUGUUCAGAAUGGAGCACCAAUUGAAGACUCUAGUAAAGACAAAGAGACAGAUGCUUAUGCGUCUUUGAUAUACGAACCUCCUAAAGUUGAAGAGAAAGAUGAUGGAGCUGUUCAGAAUGAAGCACCAAUUGAAGAUUCUAGCAAAGACAAAGAGACAGAUGCUUAUGCAUCUUUGAUAUAUGAACCUCCUAAAGUUGAAGAAAAAGAUGAUGGAGCUAUUCAAAAUGGAGCACCAAUAGAAGAUUCUAGUAAAGACAAAGAGACGGAUUCUUCUGCAGAUUUCAUAUAUGAACCUCCUAAAGUUGAAGAGAAAGAUGAUGGAGCUGUUCAGGCUGAAGCACCGAUAGAAGAUUCUGGGAAUGAUAAAGAGACGGAUGCUUAUGCAGCUUUGAUAUAUGAAUCUCCUAAAGUUGAAGAGAAAGAUGAUGGAGUUAUUCAGGAUGAAGCACCAAUCGAAGAUACUAGAGAAGACAAAGAAACAGAUUCUUAUGCAUCUUUGACAUAUGAACCUCCUACAGUUGAAGAGAAAGACGAUGCAACUAUUCAGAAUGAAGCACCAAUUGACUAUUCUAGUAAAGACAAAGAGACAGAUGCUUAUGUGUCCUUGACAUAUGAACCUCCCAAAGAAGAUUCUGCUGUUCAAGUUGAAGCACCAAUAGAAGAUUCUGCUGUUCAAGCUGAAGCACCAAUAGAAGAUUCUGCUUUGGAGUUCGAAUCGCAAUUGUCCAAGUUCUUUGACACGCUAAAUAUUAAGCCAUUCUGGUGUACCAAGUAGUAUACAUUUAAUGGCCUGUCUGUACAGCAAACACCAUAUCAUAACACCCAAAGAAUAGGAACAAGGAGACUAAGAUUGCAAUAUCUGGAGAGGGAAAGUGAUUCAUAUGGAGAAGUGUUUCCCGAAAAAAAAAUCCAUUCAGAGAAAAAAUAAACACAGGUAUACAUUAUUGGGACAUUGUUUCCAACAAAUCAAAGUAUUAAGGAGGUUAGUUAAGACAUUUUUUAAUUCCUUGAAUUACACAUAGAGUCAUUGUCAAGACAGCUAGGUCACAAAUACAGGGAUUAAGUUCAUAUUAUAAAAGUAUAGGCUCAGCAGUUUGUGAAGAUCUCUUAUAUACAAUAUUGACUACUUUGCCUCCAUCCAAAGCAAGUCGAUGUCACCUUUUCUUACAUAUGCUAGAAAAGUACUUGAUUUGUCUCUCUUUAUUGCUGGUGGUUCUUUUUUAUUGUCAAAAGUCUGACUGCUGUGAUGAGACUCAGAAUUUGUUGAAAGUUUGACACCUUGAUGAAACCGUCAACAGUAAUGUUGACCCUGAGCGGUUACCUGAGCAGUCUCUUCAUGCUUCUUCUAGUUUUCAUAUUUUGAAAGGCUUGUGAAAUUAAUGUUUAACUGCAAUGAACCUUUCAACAAAUAAUUUGGUGAUUUUUCAAAUAUUGAAAUAGCUGGAAAGGAGACAUAGGAUACAAAUAACUGACACAGCUGUCUGGAAUGAGGUGUUGUUGAUUCGUUGAUUAAUUUUCUUCUCAACUACUUGAUAUCAAAUCCAUCUAAUUUCAUUCCAGCACAAUCAGUACUUUGGAAAUUCUUAUUCCUUAAUCUCUUGCAUAUACUAGAAAAACACACAUAAUUUUUCUCUUUUGUUAUUGGUGUUUUUACAACAUCAUACCCAGUGAAAUCCCAUUGUUGGUGUUUUUAAGAUGUAGAAAAAGUCUUCUGCUGUGAUGAUACCCAGAACUUGUUGAAAGUUUGACACCUUGAUGAAACUGUCAACAGUAAUGUUGACACUGAGCGGUUACCUGAGCAGUCAUAUCUUCAUGCUUCUUCUAGUUGUCAUAUUUUGAAAUACUUGUGAAAUGGAUGUUUAACUGCACUGCACCUUUCAACCAAUAGUAGUCUAAAUUUUGGUGAUGCUUUAAAUAUUGAAUAGUCAGAAAGGAGACAUAAGGUACAAAUAAUUGGCACAACCUUCUGGAAUGAGGUGUCGAUUGAUUUUAUCUCAAUUCUCACCUGCUUGAUUUUAAAGCCAUCUAAGUUCAUUCAGCACGAUCAGUGUUUUGUGAAUUUUAUCCUCUUAAUCUCUUAAAUGUAUUAGAAAAACGAACUUAGUUUUUCUCUUUUGUUUGUUGUUUUUUUUAAGAUGUUGAAAAAGUCGUCUGCUGUGAUGAUACUCAGAACUUGUUGAAAGUUUGACACCUUGAUGAAACCGUCAACAGUAAUGUUGACCCUGAGCGGUUACCUGAGCAGUCAUAUUUUAUCCUUCCUUUUUUAGUUUUCAUUUGAAAUGCUUCUGAAAUACAUGUUCAAUUGAAACCCAUGUUUCAAUAAAUAAGUCCGUCUUUGAUGAAUCUUUGAAUAUUGAAAGAUAUAGAGGAUCUAUAUAAAAGACCCUACUAAUUUUGAAUUGAGUCAUUGACUUUCUUCUCUAUAAUCUAACCUCAAACCACCUAAGUUCCUUAUGCUCAAUAAUUCUUAUCCCCCUUCUUUCUAACCUAUUCAAUAAAAACACAUAAUUUGGUUCUCUUCUUGGUUAGUGUUGCUUUUGUAUUACCACAAGCGGGGACUGCUGUGAUGAAACUUGGAUUAUGUCGAAAGUUUCUAUACUUGGUGAAACCGUCAACAGUAAUGUUGAUCCUGAGCGGUUACCUGAGCAGUCAUAUCUUAAUCAAUUUCUUCUUCUAUUUUUCAUUUUGCAAAGCUUGUGAAUGAUGUCCAAUUGCAAGAUAUGUUUCAACAAAAUACACAUGGUUUCUGAUGGAUCCAAAUGAUUUUGCUGUUGAAAUUCUGGUUGAGGUUCUUGCUUCACUAGUUUACCCAUUAACACUUACGACCAUUUUUCUGCGAGGGUCAUCAUUAGAAAUUUAUUUUUAUUCCCCCCCCCCCCCUUAUUUUCCCACUGAAUUAUUCCUCAUUAAAUGUAAUUUUUAUUAUUAAAUCUGGUUGCUGUGAUGAAAAUUCAGCUUUUGAAAGUCGUAAGGCUUGAAGAUGCAUCGACAGUCAUGUCGAUUCUGAGCGGUUACCUGAGCAACGUCACCUUCCUUGCUAUUCUUUAAGUUUCAUACUGUCUGUCAUUCCUCUUCUCAUAAUCCCCCCUUCCACUGUGAUAUAUGAUAUGGUUGUGGCUCGUUGAAUUAUGCAAUGUGCUCUUAUUUUUAAAUCAUGCAACGUAUUUGGUGCAUUUGUAGGUUCUAGUUUUUGAGGAUAGGUGAAAUAUUUUCUCGUUUUCUCAAAUUUGUUUGUGUGGCCUUCUUAGUGCUUCUUACAUUUUAGGACUUGGAAGGGACGCUAUCUGGUGAAUUUUAGCUUUCGUUGUAUACCUGAACUUAUCGACAUCCAAAUGCUUCAUGUAUAUGAGAUUUUCUCGUAGCUUAGACUAAAGAUAUUCGCAAGCUAUGGAAAA